UGUGGUGUCGCGGGGAGUGAGGCUGGUCGCUGCGACUGUGUUGCAGGAAGAGAGAGGCGCCUGAAGCUGCAGGGACGCGGCGGAGCACUGAGACCGGCCGAACGUCAUGGAGGGCUCAGGAGAACAUCCGAGCCCACAGGCCCCGUAUCCCGGGGAUAACCGCAUCCUCGACGGCGACUUUGUGGUGCUGAAACGGGAAGAUGUGUUCAAAGCAGUGCAGGUCCAGCGGAAAAAGACCAAAGAAGCUGGCACUGAUAAUCGAAAUAUAAUUGAUGAUGGAAAAUCUCAGAAACUUACUCAAGAUGACAUAAAAGCUUUGAAAGACAAGGGCAUUAAAGGAGAGGAAAUAGUUCAGCAGUUAACUGAAAAUAGUACAACAUUUCGAGACAAGACAGAAUCUGCUCAAGAUAAAUAUAUUAAAAAGAAGAAAAAGAAAUAUGAAGCCAUCAUAACUAUUUUGAAGCCAUCUACCCAUAUUCUUUCAAUUAUGUAUUAUGCAAGAGAACCUGGAAAAAUUAACCACAUGAGAUAUGAUACACUAGCCCAGAUGCUGACCUUGGGAAAUAUCCGUGCUGGCAAUAAAAUGAUUGUAAUGGAAACAUGUUCAGGCUUGGUGCUGGGUGCAAUGAUGGAACGAAUGGGAGAGCCAAAAGACAGUGCAUCAGUUGAAGAAAGUAAUGGCGCACUUGAGGAAAAGCAGAAUUCUAAGCCAGACAAUGAAGACAGCAUGGCCGAGGCCCCAGAGAGCAAUAACCCAGAACAAGAAUCGACGGAGGUUGUUCCUCAAGAUCCAGAAUAUAAGGGGCCUAAAGAAAGAGGAAGCAAAAAAGAUUAUAUUCAGGAAAAGCAAAGAAGACAAGAAGAGCAGAGGAAAAGACACUUGGAUGCUGCUGCUCUGCUGAGUGAAAGGAACGCAGAUGGUUUAAUUGUGGCCAGUCGUUUCCAUCCCACUCCAUUGCUGCUGUCUUUGCUGGACUUUGUGGCCCCUUCAAGGCCUUUCGUGGUCUACUGUCAGUAUAAAGAGCCUUUGUUGGAAUGCUACACAAAACUGCGUGAGAGGGGAGGGGUCAUCAACCUCAGGUUGUCUGAAACCUGGCUCAGAAAUUAUCAGGUUUUGCCAGAUAGAAGUCAUCCCAAGCUGCUGAUGAGUGGAGGUGGAGGUUACCUUCUGUCAGGCUUCACUGUUGUCUUGGACAACCUUCGAGCAGACACCAGCCUCAAGUCCAGCGCAAGCACCUUAGAAUCACACAAGACUGGGGAGCCAGCAGCUAAAAGACAGAAAUGCCCAGAGUCUGGCUCAUAA